UCCCCGGGUUUUAACCCGAGUGUCUUCCUUGUUCCUGGUUCAAGGCGCAUGCAUACCUGCACCACACACACACACCUACACACACCUACAGAGAGACUGCAGACAGCGAGCGGCGCUGACCAGGGACAGCUAUGCAAGGCGCCAGCCCAAUCCUCGCUCCUCACGUCCAAGAUGGCAGUGAGCCAGAGGAGGUGUGUUCCUGGCUGCAGCCUGGGCCCGCAUGCAGCCACCGUGCGUGCGGUGACCGGCAGCAAUGCAGCAGCGAUGCAUGGGAGCCUGCAGCCCGCGGCCCGCGCUGCUCACCGCCACGCCCCCCGGUGGCGGGCCACGUGCGUCAGCGCCCCCUCUCCCCACCGCCAACCCAGCGUGUAUCCCAGGAGCCCAUGGAGUCCGACGUCAACGACUUUGCCGCCGCGAGCCGCCCGGAGCGUUCUUCGUCUCCCGGAUCCGGGAAGGGCCGCCGGGACUGGUGCCCGCCGGAGACAGAGGGGGCCCCCUUCGACAGGAACCACUGCCUCCCCUCCGGAGGCCGUGGGCAUCCACGGGGCAGCGGGGAGUGGGGGGAGGCCCCCAGUCUAACCCCAGGCCCAGCUACCUGCAGUUUCUCCCCCCUCCCCCGCCCCCCCCCACCGCCCGGCAACGCUCAAGGUACAAUGAAGGAUCCACCUCUUGCAGCCAGGACCAACACGUGUGUCUAUCCGGUACUGGCACUUUCCCUUGCAGCAACUGCUACGACCUCCCCCUCGACUCCAUCCAAGGACCCCCAGGAUGACUUUGGCCUGGGUCAGCUGGGACUUCGCCAACACCUCCGGGUUCGCCACUCCUCUCCCGUGCUCAGCUUCAGGCCCAUCCGACCUUUCUGUGGGCCUCCUCCAUGGAGAUUCCCCCCGGCACCCCAGCGGUAUCAUUGA